GGCUAGACGUCCGCAGAGCUAGGCAUCAAAUUCAUCUCGAGCUCACCAGCAGCAGCAGCCAGUCAGCAGCUAAGGAUUAAAACGCGUCGCGUGAAAACUUCUAAAGAAAACUAAACUCAAUUCUCGAAAAUGAAAGUGUUUUCCAUUGCCUGUGUGUGCCUCUUGGCGGCCAGCUGUGCCUGGGCCGCGCCCGGUGUGCAAGAUAACCGCGUCGAAAGUGAUAACACGCUCGGCCGGGCCGCCCGCUAUUUGGGCGCCUGCUUUGAGAGCGAUGACAUGGCCACCUGUUUGGCGGUCAAGGGCAUUACCGCAUUGAAUCGCGCCGCCAGGAGCAACAACAUUGAGCUCAUCAAUGGCGUCACCUUCCAAAGAGAUCCCGCCAGUCCCGUGCAGCGCAGCGGCAAGUCCCUCAGCGAGCAGGACAUCUACGCGGAGUUGCCACAGAAUAAUGAGGAGCGCAACAGUCGUCUGGUGGAUCUGGCCAUAAGCAGCGCCAGCGAUUUCCUGAGCAGCCACAACUUGGAAUUCAAAUUGCCCGCCGAGACCACACAGCAGGUGGCACGUGCUUUGGAUGAAGGCCGCGGCAAGAUCAAGAAGAUGAUUGGACCCAUCGCUCUGGCUAUUGGCGCCAAGCUGUUCGCCGUCAUACCGCUGGUGCUCGGUUUCUUGGCUCUGUUGACCUUCAAGGCUGUGGUCGUGGCCAAGAUUGCGUUCUUCCUGGCCAUACUGGUUGGCGGCUCGCGUCUGCUGAGCGGCUUUGGCAACAAGUUCGGCGGCGCCGGCAUCGGCAGCUCUUAUGGCGGCUACAACUCGAAUGCCUGGUCUGCGCCCGCUAGCGCCGGCUGGAGCUCGGGCUCAUCCUCGGCAUAUCCUUAUGCGCGCAGCAUUACCGCCGACAAUGCCCAGGAGCUGGCCUAUGCCGGCCAGCAGCCGGAGGAGCAGCAGCAGCAGGAGCAGCAGUAAGCCCUUAGCAAAUGUGGCUGCAUUUUGUGGCCAGAAAUGUGCCUUUUUAAUUUGAGAAAGAACUUAGCUUGUAGUAAUUUAUUCGAGACGUGAAGCUGACGCGUAAUUAACUGUUUAAUUUAUUUAAUUAAUUUCACAUUACACAACACUGUACAAGCUGCAAGACACAACACUGUACAACACAUCAGCUAAAGAGUCAUGACAAUAAAAUCGAUUUAUAACUUAAA